AUGUCUUCUGGGAAAAUCCCCGCGAUCUUGUCUUGGGCCGAGGAAGUUGCCAGGAGCGUACCGAAAACCCCACCUAACACUGAUCGGUUCGAAAAACUGGCGGGCAACCUAGCGAGGCCUCCUUCAACUCAAGCAACUCAGCACACACGCAAGAGGUCGGUGUACGAAGCCGAGAAUCUGAUAUCCCUGUCAGAUCCUUCCAAAAGACCCUACCAACCCGCUUUUGGAACAACCGACGACAUCAUUGCCCUGGCCUCAUCAAGCUCCGCGGUUAGUCGGGGUGGUGGGAGAUCACCCUCAUCGAGUCUAUCGCGCGUGAAAGCUGAACUAGCCGCCGCUAGUCCCCGAGUGGUAUAUAUACAUGAAUCUGCCGACCCGAAAAGCCUCUCUGCGAGUCAGCUCCUAGCAACUCUAGCAAAAGAUUCGGAGUCCGGUGAGAAUGAAGAUGUUGCUCGGAAAAUCUCGAAUUCUUCGUGUCAAUGUGUCACUGAACUGCGUAGUGAAGGUUCUUGGGUGAAUAAGGUAGCACUACCGCUAUUGGAGGGCGCUAUUAGAGAACUACCGUUAGAGUGUUGGAGCAUCCAAACUGAAUCCGUUGACCCCCAGUACCAACCUCGCUAUACAGCCCGCGAUACAUAUAAUCGCAAAAUUGACUUGGUUGUUGGUCUUCCCGUCGACGCUUGGGAAGUGGAGUAUGAAAAGGCGGGGCUUCAUACCCCAGGGAAAUAUUUCAGCCACAUGACCCAUCCGCACACUGGAAAACGCGUUCUGGGCCCUGGUGUUGAAAUUAAAGCCACGGAUGGAAACUUAGUAGAAGCGCAAGUCCAGAUUGGGGUAUGGAUGACAGGGCUCCUGAUUUGGGCUUUCGCACAGCGCAGGAAUGUGAAAGACUUGCCUCCACUUGUUGGUUGCACUGCUGUUGGGGAGGACUGGAAAUUCUAUAUUGCAAUCGGAGUCGAAGGAUCUGGCGUCUUGAAAGAAGUACGCAUCUGGGGCCCUUUAUCUGACUUAGACGGGUGUACCACAAGUGUCAAACAUACUACGUCUCUUUUGAGAACUCUUCGUCGAGUCAUGGAGUACACAGUCGGGCAGUACAAGGAAGGCAUUUUUCAAGCAAUGACUUCUGGGGAUUAA